GCUUUCGUCCCUCUCGCUCGGCGCACAUCCCGCCGGACGGGGGGCAGAGCACCUGCGCGGGUACCUACGCGGGGACGCCCGGGCGGUCAAUAAUUCUGCCGAGUACCGACCAAAUUUCCAGAACCCGACGACGGACCCGCCGCGCCGAGAGGAACACGGCCCAGGGCACGGGACGCGGGACCGAUCCGACUCCAGCGAGCCAGCAAUUGAACGCGCCUCAUCCGAAACGGGGACCUCUUGGCCGCAGCGCAGGUCCAGUCUGACCUAACUCCAGAUCCCAGCCAAGCCUACCUACCUACCUACCUAUCAGAUCCCGUUGCGACCAACCGAGCCCAGCUCGAUCGAUUCGACCUCUUUCUGUCUUUACCACCACCACCACACCACCACACGACACAACACAACACCACAACCAUGUUCCGCUCGACCUUCUUCGGCCUCUCCCGGGCCAUCGUCCAGCCCGCGACGCCCCUCACCGUCCGCGCCGCCUUCCAGUCCCGAUUCUACUCCGCCGCUGCCGCCGCAUCGCAACCAACAACAACAGCCACAACAACGACACCACUCCAGCAGCAGCAGCAGCAGCAGCCCACCACACAACCCACCACCCCUAUCCAGACCCAGACCGGUGCCGCGCCAACAGAAUCCACGAAACCCGUUGCGAAGCCCUACCUAGUAGGCCGCGCCUGGACCCAGCGUCUGCCCGUCUACCACCUCGCCAAGCGCGGUGGUAACAAGAAGCUCACCCAGAUCAAGAAGGUGCAAGGUGAUGGCCAGGCUCUGCGCAGGGAUCUUGCGCAGUUCUUGGGGCUGGAGGUGAAGGAGGUGCGGGUGAAGGUGCCGACAGGACAUUUGGAGGUUGAUGGACACCGCAGAGAGGAAAUCGUCAAGUUCCUGGACGGCUUGGGCUUUUAAAUGAGGAAGAUGUUACACCGAUGAACCUCUAGAGCUUGCAGCCACAAGUCCACAUAACACGACGAGGACCAACCUAUUACCGGGAGAGAUACCAUGCUGCUCCAUGCCACGGACUGGAGAGCAUGCUGGGGCAUAUUCCGGGAAGUGCUGGAUGCUUCGUCGCCCGCGACGAGGACUACCGAGUGAGUGGUCACAUAUAUAGAGAGUCCUCGGCUACGCGGUGGGAUCACCGAGGGGUAAAUAGGAGGAUUGCGUGUACGAUGGAAGAAUAUACCACAUGUUGAGACAAUGUAUCAUCACCAAAACGGGUUGUAAGGAGCGGCUAAAGGAUUUACAAAAGCGGUCGAAUGAUAUUUGUCUCUACGACGAAGAAUCUUGCUAUCCCAGCUAUGAGCUUAGGCGAGAUGUGCGGAAGGGGAUAUGCAUGGUUAGGGGAGACUUUUGACGAGGCUUCAUGGGAGAGAAUUCUCGAUAUAAAAAUACACAGCGUUGCCACAUUGGG